UCGCAUUCUCGUCGAGUUUUUGCUCCGCUCAAUCGGCAAAAGUUGAAACUGUGCGAACGUCGCAAUCAUCAGUUUCAAAGUGAAAUUUUCAGUUGGACAAAUUCUAAAAUUUGAAAUUUGUGAGGGGAACAGUCGUUCUUUUAAGAUUCAGGAAGAAUGAAGUGAAGUCAAGCAAGUGUGAAACUAGGGUUCCGAUAUAUUAAUACAGGACCACUUUGAAUGAUGGCGAGCAGCUCAGGGAUUGGAGGUGGGGGUGCCAAACCCCAUGAAAUGUCAUACGACGUGCUCAAUUGUUUUCCAGAAGAUGUAGAUUCUAAGGACUUGUUUACGACGAGAUGUUCCACCGUGGAGGAAAAGUAUCGACUUUUGGAGACGAGAGAUAAAGUACUCCGAGCUCGUAUACCAAAAGUCAAAGUACGUGUAGAAUUCGCAACGAGACUGUUUGGAACCUGUCCUGAUAUGUGCCCAGAAAAAGAACGAUACAUGCGACAGUAUCAGCGGCAACUGACGAGCUUCGAAAUUGAUAACAGUGCAGCGGAGGUGGUCGUGGAUCAUAAGAAAGCAAUUAAAGCAUACUCGAGAAGCUCUGCAGAUCAGGAUGAACCUCUUCCUCAUGACCUUCGUCCUGGAUCCACCCUGGAGAUGACUCUUAACUACCUCUUGCAUCACAUCGUGCCAAUGGGAGACGUUAAUGAAGACAUUUUGGGAGAUUGGUACAACUUUUUAUGGGACCGUACUAGAAGUCUCCGAAAGGACAUUACUCAACAGCAAUUAACAGAUUUGUGCGUUGUUUCCAUCAUGGAAAAGUGUGCUAGAUUUCAUAUUCACUGCUCGUCCAGAUUGUGUGAACUAGACGUAAAUCUAUUUGUGCCAAAGUUUAAUGAUGAAAACUUGGUCAAGUGUCUCCAAAGUUUAGAACAUUUAUAUGACGAUUUGCGCCGUCGUGACGUAAAGUGUCCCAAUGAGCCAGAAUUCCGUGCUUAUCAAAUAAUGAUGAAUUUAAAUGAAGGAGAUAUUCUUCUCAGUGUUCAACAAUGGCCGGAUUGGAUCCUUAAGUCUUCUCAAGUUCAAGCUGCAAUCAAAGUGCAUCAUUUUAUAUUUAGUAAAAACUUUGUUGGGUUUUUUCGUUUGGUAUACACCUUGCCAUACAUGUUUUCAUGUAUUUUACAUCGCUACUUUUACCAAGUUCGAUUCAGAGCCUUAUACUCCAUGUGCCGAUCUAUAGGAAGGAAGGGAGAUGGCCAGCUUGUGUUCUCAAACGUACAACGAAUGCUUGGAUACGGUGUAGGCAAGCCAAGCUCCGAGCUGCAACAUGUGUGUGACCUACAUGGGUUAGUUGUGGACUUAGAAAAUGACCGAAUUAUAUACAACAGGAGACGAUUUGUUAGACCGGAGUCUAGAAUCAUAAGUCGAGAAACGUAUUUGAUCGAGUCUAAACUAAUAACAACAACGGCAGAAGCCAUAAAUGGAGGGCCAUUGUCGGAGAACCCAAUGCUCACCUACAAACCUCAUGACAGUUUUAAUGAUGAAGGAUUUUUGAAACCUGGACUCGUUGCAGGACAAAGUUCAGCAGGAACUGUAGUUAUUGUUCCAAAGUCGGAACAAAAACCACCCAAGCUAAAGGACUCACCAGAUGCUUUUGCUACAGCUGCCAUUCAGAAAACCAAAAUGCCAGGAUUUAUGUCGAAAGCUCAUCCAGAUAUUCAGCCAACACACAGAGACCGACCUAAAAUUACGUCAAAAUUUCGAUUAAAUGAACAGGUUUUCAACCCCAAAUCAAAAUCUCCUACUCCGUCGCCUUUCGAUUUGACAGGUCGAAAAUCAAAAAUAAGCGUGGAUGUGAAGGAUGGUUCAGGUUUAAAAUCGUCAUCAAGUGUCACUCCAACUCCCACUGUCUUUGGUUCGGGACCAUCAGUUUUUGGAGGAUCAAGUUCUACCAAGUUGCCAAGUACCAAUGUGUUUAGUAGUGAAAAUGUCGUAAAAGCCCCUGUUCCAUUGAUGAGUAUUCCUUCUACACUUAUAUCACCACCAGAACCGGUCGAGAUUCCUGCCACCGUAUUCAAAUCACCUUUCGAAGGAAAAGGGGCGUUCACUGGUGCAUUUGGAAAUCAAGCAGUGUUUGGAGGAAACGCUGGAUUUUCCAGCGUAAGCGCAGUUCCCACAAGUACUCCUAGCAUCUUUUCUGCGAGUACUCCUAGCGUAUUUUCUUCGAGUACUCCUAGCGUAUUUUCUUCGAGUACUCCUAGCGCAUUUUCUUCAAGUGCUCCAAACGUGUUUCCAACUGGUGUUCCCAGUCCAUUUCCUGCAACUACAAGUGCUCCAAAAGUUGAAACAUUAAAAAAAGUAGAGGACGAGGACUUUAAAGCCAAAAAAUUACAACUUAUUGAUUCUGUUUGUGAUAAAGCAUUUGAUGAAGUGCUUCAUUCAUUUAUUCACAAAGAAUUACAACGAUCCGUGAAAGUAGUUUUGGAAAAGAAUAUAAUCGAAACAAAAAUGCAAGAAAAGUUACGGAUGAAAGAGGCACUAAGGAUGCAAAUGGCUGAACGAGCUAUGGAAUCGGUCCUUGAUAAACUUGUUCCUGAGUGCGUUUCAAAUAUUACGCAAGAAGAAGUCCAGCGAGAGCGUUGGUUACAAUUUGUUUGUGAACUGUAUGCCACGAAACAAAUUGACUCUAUUGUCACGAGUUUGGUGGGACCAAUUUGUCUGGCUUCAGUAAAUCAGCAACGAUCAGAAAAUGAAAAAAUAGUACGGAAAAUCGGCAUGAUACUCAAACGUUUGAAACUAAGACUCAUUAUCAACAAGUGGCGUGCCUACGCCCGAGGAAAACAAGUCGCACGGAAGAUGAAGGAGGAAAAACUGUUGUACGACAUGUUAAAUUUUCCAGCUACCAAUCCAGUUGGAAGAUCGCCAAAAGAAAUAUUACAUCAAUUUCGUGGAAACGGGAAAUCUCCAAACAUUAUCAAAACUGGAAUGACAACGAUAACUCUGCUUGACAAGUACGAGCGAGCACAAGCAGUUGCUCAAAAUUUCAAACACAGUAUAGCCAAUUUUGUCAACUCUUACAGCAAAAAGUCACCUCAACCCGCCCUUAUCUUUAGUCCAGAAAAACUACAUGUAAAUCAAGACUAUUAUCGUCAUUGUUAUAAGCGGCGUUGGCCUAGCGGUGAUGAAACUACUUGCUCAGAAACUGAUCCUGAAUUAUUUAAUGGUAGAAGAAACAAAUCUCCUAGACAAGAAUUUGUCAAAUCCAACAAUCAUACAAGUCCAAGUAGCUUAAACAAAAGUCUGACAAACGGAAAUAAAGAUGACCACCUUCAUCAAGACCCUUUAAAAUUAGAGAAGGACUCGCUGCUGGAAGAACUACGCAAGUUUGCAGAGGAAACAAAACGAGAAAAAGAGAAUUUUAAGAAAGCGGAAGCUGCAAUUGAUAAGGAGUACCAUGAUGAUUCGAUUUUUUUAAGUAUGAGGGCAAAUCCAAAACUAAACUUCUCAAAAUUUUAAUAUUUGUUUACCUUCUAUUACGUAUCUUGCUUUGAAACUUUAACUUCAUAAUUUCGACAUUUAAGGAAUGUCAUUUUUCAUCUCAUUGAUAAUAAUGCCUCAGCUGUCACUGUUGAAUGUGUUAAGUAUACAAUAAGAAUAUUAGAAAAAGUGUUAUGUAAUUCAGUAAUUGUAAUGUCUCAACGACUGGUUGAGACUAGAGGAUAUUUAAAUUCUUGUUUUGUAUUGACUUUUUAUGUUUGUUCCUGUUUAACUGCAUUUUAAUUUGAUUUUUUAAUAAACGUUAUGUUGCAGGUCCAAAACA